AUGGAAAAAGGAGCAAAAGAGCCUCAAACCAUGAUCCAUGAAAGUUUCCAAGUCAAGAGCAUCAAUUUAUCUCCAAGUGACAAUUCUCGCUACCGAGCAGGAACAAAGCUUCGGAAGUUUGGCCGCAAACGGAGGAGUUCCCGACGUCCAAAAGUCACGAUCUUGAUAUGGAAAGAUAGAUACUUGAGUCAUGCAUCACGUCGAAGUGGAAUGAAGUCAUUUGGAUCCACCAUUGGGCCGGAACUUAUUUUCUACCGAGACAUGUCCGCUUAG